AUGAGUUCAAGAGAUGAGGCGUCAUCUUCUAAUGUUGAUGGUUCCAUUUGUCAAUUUGAAGAUGAUAUUGAUGUUGCGAUGAAUAAUUUUUUGAUUGAAGAUUUGGAUAUUUCAAAGUUACCUAUGUCGUUUGAUGUGAAUGUAGGCAAUCAAUUCAUGAGCAAGUCGGUUCUCAAGAAAUUCAUGCAUGUAAUUGCUAUUAGGAGGCAUUUUGAAUUUAAAUCUGAAAGAUCUAAUAAUUCAUUUUAUGUUUUGGUUUGUAAAAAUAAGAGUUGUACUUGGAAGAUGCGUGCUGCUAAGGUUUCAAAUGGUAAUGUUUGGGCAGUGAAGAAGUAUAUUAAGGAACAUACUUGUUCACUUGAUGUUGCUAGUGCUGAGCAUCGUCAAGCAAAUAGUCGUAUUGUUUCAGAGUUUUUAAAGGGCGAUUUUAGCAUUGGGCAUGCAGACCGUUUGCGUCCUAAUGAUUUGAGGUAUAUAAUGCAUGGUAAGCAUGGUGUUGAGAUUAGUUACUACAAAACGCGAAUGGCUCGCCGAUAUGCGUUAGCAUCAAUGAGAGGAAGUGCAAUGGAGUCGCCUGUGAUCUCAGUUGAUGGCACUUUUUUGAAGAAUGAGUUUUCUGGGACCUUGCUUCUCUCUGCAGUUUUAGAUGCUGAUAAUCAUAUUUUUCUGCUUGGUUUUGCAAUUGUUGAUUCGGAGAAUGACUCCUCGUGGGAAUGGUUUUUUGAAAGGCUUAAGGAGGCCAUCGGAACUCGUGAAGUGCUUGUUAUUGUUUCUGACCGAAAGAGUAGUAUCCCUAAAGCAGUUGAGAAGGUAUUUCCAGAUGCAUCUCAUGGAUUUUGUAUGCAGCAUUUACUUAGAAAUUUGAAUUCAAAUUUUAAAGGUGUGCAUGUGGAUGCUAUAUUCUAUCGUUGUGCCAAGGCAUACCGUAAGGAAGACUUUGGUUACUUCAUGCGUCAAUUGGAGGCAGUUCGACCAGCUAUUCAAAAUUAUUUGCUACAAGUAGGGGUUGAAAAGUGGGCAUGUGCUCACUUUGAGAGGAAGAGAUAUGAUGUCAUGACGACUAAUAUCUCCGAGUCGUUGAAUAAUGUCUUAAUGAAUGCUAGGGAGUAUCUUGUUGAAGCUUUAAUUGAGCAUUUCAGAUCCCUCUUGCAAAGAUGGUUUUAUGAGCGUCGAAAUAAGGCGGAUAAGACUUUUACAUACUUGAGUAAACAUGCAACUAAACGCCUUCGUGAUAGGGAAAAGAUUGCACGUUGCUUAUCUGUUCAACCCAUUGAUAUCAAUAAGUAUUAUGUUGUUGAUGGUUUAGUUGGUGAGAUGGUUGACUUGGUGGCAAGAACAUGUAGUUGUCUUGUUUGGCAAGCUGAUGAAUUUCCAUGUCCACACGCUAUUGCAUCGAUUUGGAAAAGAAAUCUUGAUCCAACACAUUUUACUUCCUACUAUUACACCAACAAUGCAUUCAAAGCAACAUAUGAUGCUGCAAUCUAUCUUAUUACUAAUAGAUCAAAGUGGCAAUUUUCAGAGGGCAGUGAGGUGGAGGUUGUUCUUCCUCCUAAGUUUAAACGUGGUGCUGGGAGACCAAGGAAGCAAAGAAUUAUUUCUAGUGGAGAACGAGAGAAGCAAUCUGUGAAGUGUAGUCGAUGCAAGCAAGUUGGCCACAAUAGGAGGACUUGUUCAAACCCCACAUUUGUUGAUAUGAACUGA